UUCAUAGUGUAAAUUAUAUUUCAAAAGAAGUAAAUAAAAAGGAGCAGUGACCGGAAACAAUGCGUCAUUAGAUAAUUCUUGGUGUUGGUGGCGUACUGAGUUCACUAGCGCUUCUACUUCCUGCGUGACGAAUUUUGUAACUAAAUAAUUUUUGAUCGCCUCGUUGUUCUGCUACAGUCGUCGUUCGAAAUCAAUAUAGCGUACUCGAAUUGUUACGUCUUUAUGCAGCAAUGCUAUGAAAAAUAACCAUUUUAUAUGGCGUAUAGUAGUCGCACAUAGUGAUUCGUUCAUUAAUGUAAGAUUGGUAACAAUUAAUAUUAUUUACUCGUUAGGCCAUUUUAUGAAUGCGUGUCCCCUUAUACAUAAAGUGCUUGGUCAGCUAAUGGAAUUACCAUACACGUGCAACAUCCAUCUACGCUACACAUUUUUGUUUUUAAACGCGUUUUGAAGGAAAUAUGCAUUAUAUUUUGCAAAUUGGUAACAGUAUUUCUCGUUUGAUCAAUCUUAUUGCCACUGACGCCAAAAUGGCGGCUGUCUGCGGCAACAGCAAUAACUUUCUUGUGCUUGGCAGCCAUUGCCGUGCACAGAAAAUAUUGAUUUUUAUAUUUAAUUUUCUCAUUACUAUUUCCUAAAACGAUUUAUUUUUGUGCAUGAUGUUACUUUCGGUCUAAUCUAUUUACUAUUAAUAUAAUUUAUUGUAUAUUUGUGUAUGUAUUUCAUACUUAUAUGCCUAUUUAGGGGUAAAAUUUGGUGUCGGUAAUGUGAAUAUUUUCUCAUAAAUUUUAUUCUGCUCAUUUUUUGCACAAAACAUGUUAAUUUUAGUUUCUACGUUCAUUAGCUAAUUGUAGCAAUUUAGCAUUAUAACGCUGCCAAAUUAAGAUGACAGUAUAGGUACUUAGUGUAUGUAGGUUACACGCCAUAUUUACACGUAGAUAUCACUGCGAUACUUUGUGCUAGUGUGUGUGAGCGUUUGUACGUCUCGUGACCUCGAUGAAAGGAAGGACACAUAGAUAUCUUGCCGUUCUAGAAGGCUGACGUCAUUCAAAUCGUGGCGAGAGCGCAGAGCGCAGCAAGAUAUUGUGAAAUGUGAACGGCCACCCACUGCUUGCUUGGCUUGGCUGUAUCUUACUAAAUUACUCUUCAAAGUAGUGGCUAUGAACAGUUAUUGUACUGACUUCUGCCAUACAUGUCGAAUUUCUUACUGCGCAACACCUAAGUAAUUUUGUGAAAUUUGGAGAUAUAUUCCCAAUGAUAAUUGUUCCGACGAAUAUUAGGUAUAGUAUCUAAAAGAAAAAGGAGAUUUAUUCUCGUCAAUUAGAAUUUUAUACACGAUUAACCAGCAAACUAAUAAUAUUUCUUAUUUAUUCUUUGUUUACACAGUCACAAAGGACGUGUUACGCGAUUAUCGUGAGAUCUUUGUGUUCUUUUCGUAACGAAUAUGGGUUCAUUUUUUCGAGAGGUUACGUCCAUUUAUUUUAUAUCGAACGCUUUCGUUAUUUUUUAUCAAUUGCCUGUGAUAUGUUUUAUCCCGUAACUCAUAAAAUCUAUAUCCCCAAUUUAGUCGUAUUAUACGGCAAAAUGGCGUCUAUGGCAUUGUGGCAUUGUAGAUUUUCUUGCAUGACGUAUCUAUCUGCCGUUUCAGUUCGAAGUUGGUUCGUAUUUUUGCAUUGUUGCUAUCUCUUUCUCACAUAGCGCAAAAGUCAACAAGCUAUAUAAUGAUUUAUGUUAAGAAUAUGAAGUCGACGCGGCAGAAACGCGGGCAUAAUAGAAUUGACCAUGACUCCGUAUUAUUUUCUGAAUUUGCUAGUCGUAUUAUUAAUUAAUUAUCUUUAUUAACUUGGCUGUUUAAAGUAUAACUUGAAUUAGUGAAUUUAGAGGCGGAACUGCAAAAAAUCAUUCACAAAUUGUUAUUUUGAGACAUACUAGUGACUCAUUUAAGAUGACAGAGGCCGUGCCGAACGCCGAGGUGGAUGAUUUGGAGGAUGGCGAAAUCGAGAGUGAAGGUGAAGAAACUACCGAAGUUCCAACUGAAGAUAAAGGUAUAGAAACUGUACCGACAAUCGAUGACAAAUUACCACUUGAGAAAUCUGAAACUCAAGAUUUUUAUUAUUCAAAAUCAGGUAAGAAAAAGAAAUCAAAAUCUAAUAAAGAACAAAAAUUUAAGGACAAAAGUAAAAAAAAUCGUAAGUACUCUAGUCCUACAGAAGAUGAUUUUGCUGGUAAUAUUGAAAAGGCUAUUAGGAAAGCUAUGAACAAAAACGACGGCGUCGAAGGUCCAAACGAGGCUGACGUAGACGAACGUCGUAAACAUAAAAAACGGAAGAAACAUGAUAAUAAGGACGGUCUAAGUAAAAAACGAAAAAAACAAGAUUAUUCUGAUGAAAUGGAUGAAAGCGAAAUGAUGUGUAUAAGAGGUGCCUCCCCGGUACAUAGGCAAUCGCCUGUCGAUACGUAUGCUGAUGAUGACAGGGAUUCGUAUGCAUCUGAUAGUAGUCAUGAGUCUAGAGGCCAGCAGCAUCAUCGUCAACAAAGGCACAACAGGACACAGCGUGAACGUAAUAAGAAUAAUAAGAACGAUAAUCGGAGAAGAGGUACUCAUCCAAUGCAAGACCCCGAAGGCGUCUGUUUAUAUUAUAUGCAGGGUAAAUGCCACAAGGGCGAUGAUUGCAUUUAUUCUCAUGAUGCACAACCCCCUAGAAAAAUGGAACUAUGUAAAUUCUAUUUAAUGGAAUGUUGUGCAAAGAGAGAAAAAUGUUUGUACAUGCAUGCUGAUUUUCCAUGUAAAUAUUAUCACACUGGGCUUCCAUGUAUAUACAAAGAUGAGUGUAAGUUCGCACACGGAAAACCAUUAUCCGAUGGUUUGAAGAAUAUACUCUUAAAACAUAUAGAAUCAGCUCCUAAAGAAAUUUUAGGGGACUUUCCUCGACUCAACAGGGAAGGUGCUUUAAAAAUGAUACAAACAACGCAAGCUAGAUUAAUGCAGCAAUAUUCUGAAGCUCCAGAAAUUCAGGAAAAAACUAUUCCAUCUCUAUUUGAAUUAAAUAUACCAAAUCCUCAAAAUACGCCAGAAUCUUUACAAGGAAAUCAAUAUAAUAUGAACGAUCGUCAUAAUAAAAUAUCGCCUAAAGUGCGACAGUCGAGAUGGCAAAAUGAUGUAUCUAAUCAGAAUGUUAAUAUGAAUUCGUCGCCUAGUAAUAAUACAAAUACAACUAAUGUACUUAGCAUUAAAAAUCUAACAGGAGUUUUGACACCUCGGCAAAUAUCGGAUCUUACAAAGAUGGGAAUAGAUAAUUUAGAUCAAUUAGGUCAAUUAACAGUAUUACAACUUAAUAGCAUCGGUUUGUCUCUGAAACAAAUCACCGAGAUACAAUUAAACACAAUGAAUAUUCAGAAGUUAGGUCUUAUUAACCCAAACGAACCUCAACAAUUUACUGGUCAAACAUCUGCCACGAAAGAUUUAGAUUUAAGAGUGCCACCUAUACCAGGACCUGUAGCCAAUAGUACACCAGUUCCACCGGAAUUGCCAGGAAAAGAUAUUGAUAUGCGAUUCCAGCCUUCGACAAUUAUUCAACCACCUGAAGAUACUUCCAUAAACAAGGUGGUAACCCAAAAAGAGCCACAUGCACAUACUAAUAAGGAUAUGAUUGACAUUGAUCAGUACACUAAAGAUGCUUUAAAAUUCGCUUCUAAGGAUAAGGAAAAUAUUGAUAUUUCUAAUGAGUCCUAUGAUGCCGAAAAACCAGUUAUUGCUAAUGAUACAAAAGAUGUCGAUCACAGAGUUCUUCCGUUCUCAGACGACGCUCCAAGAAUUUUACAUUCUACAGUCGAAGACAAUCACGUAAGAAAAGAAUGUGAUACAGACAUCCGAUUCCUUCAACCGGAACCUAUAUUUAAAAAUCCUGAAAAACGGCACCGUCGUUCGACUACUGACGAUGAGGACAACAAUUUAUUGAUAGAUGAAAAAUGGUAUUCCAGCGACGAAGAAAAAGGACCAAAAAAGAAGUCUCCUGUUUCUUCGCCAAAACAAACACCACCUUCUCCUCAAGCCCCUGCUCCUAGUGUAAUCGAGCCAUCUGCAGUACUUAGUAGGCUUGGCGAUCUCUCUAAAAUAGACAUCAGUGAAGAAGUUACAAAAUUGUUAAAUACUAUGAAGAACAAUCUUCAAGAAACUAAGGCCGAUAAUAGCUCGGAGGGCGCAUCUUCACCUCAAAACCGACCAAGAGACCCUCGUUCUAGAAGAUCGCCGGAUAAAGUAAGUGAAUCCAUUAAGCCUAUGAUUAAAAAGACACCUCGAGUAUCUAUUUAUGAGUGCAUUGACGGUGAACCUACUGACGGGCGGAGAAGAACUGACGUUGAUCUACGUAAACCAGACUUUAAUCUUCCUACUUUCGGUGACACGGAUUUGCGUCAAACUAGCGGUGAUGUUGAUUUUCGAUUUGGUUUGCCUUUUAAACCGUUACCUAAUUAUACUCCCGCUUCUGAAAUAAACGGAUCAAUCAACAGUCAUCCUCCUAUGACAUUUAAAUUAGUACCAAUAGAUAUACCCCGCCCGGAUUAUACAGACAUUAGAAAUAGUACUGCUAAGUCACAAGCGCUAGUAGAUCCAAGACUUAGAAAAGUUUUUAGAUUAUCCGUCGACGAAUCUAAUAGCGAUAGUGAAAAAUCUACUAAGACCUCAACCACUACUAGCACACCCACAGGGCCUAGAAUCGAUCCUAGAAGAAAACCCAAAGAGGUCGAACUCGUGAGUCAAGAUCAAAAAUCUAAUUCACUAGAUUUACAAACCAUAUUGCAGAAUUCUAAUUGGUAUAAAGAAAUGAGCUCAACGCAAAAGAUAUUUGUUAAUCAACAUUUAGCACCAGUGACACAAAUGAUCAAGCAGUUUCAACUAGAAAGAAUACCCGGCAAGAAAUUUGAUUUAGCAGCUAUACAAGGUAAUACAGUGUUAUGUAAUAUAUUUUCGAACUUGGGUAUCACAUUAGGUGAAAAUGGCGAGUACUCGUAUUUGCCUAAACCCAAAGAAGCGUUACUUAAAACACCUGUUAAUUUCAGUCAAGCUCCGUUUGGUAAUAUGGUUGGCCCUCCAGGGUCAAUUGAUGGAAGUAAUAUGAAUAUGAUGAAUAUUCCGCCUAUGGGUAUGAAUGCCAUGAAUAAUAUGAAUUUAGGUAAUAUGCAGGGAUUUAACCAAAAUAUGGCGGAUCCCCGCGGAGGCCCCACGCCUGGUUUACUAGGAAUCGCUCCAAAUAUUCCACAUAGUUUUAAUAAUAAGUUUGGUGGUCCUAGUAAUUUUGGAAAUAUGCAAUUUAAUGGCCCGGGCCCUGGUAAUGAUUUUAACUUCAUGGAUGGCGAACAAAAUUAUCCCAGAUUUCCAAAUCGAGGAGGUCACCGAGGGCGCGGCAAUGACCGCUGGAACAGGGGUGGUUCCGGUAGAGGGCAUAGAGAUCGGAAGAACUUCAAUGAUCGAGGAAAUUGGAAAAAUGAUAGAAAUUAGGAUUUGUAUAUAUUUUAACUGCUGUAUGUAUUUUAGCAUAAAGUUAACGUAAUAAAUUAUUUAGCUAAUGUAGAUAUAUCCUUCCACAUGCAGCAAAAUGUGAUUAAGGUGAUAAUAUUUUUAAUGACAGACUUGUAGGUAUGUUGUAUUUUACUAUUAUAGGGUUAGGUUACGUGUAUAGAUUAGUGUACAAGGUCCCAUUUAUUGUAAAUAUUUUUAUAUAGCUGGUAAUUGAUCAAUUUCAGUAUCAUUAUCGAUGUAAAUGAAUUAUUGGUAAUACUGAAUUAAGUUUAUUAAAAAUUACUCAUUAUAAGAGCCAAAUGUUU